AACAAUCUAGACUUCAUCAUCAACAGCUAAAUCCUAAAUAUUGGGUUGAUGGUUAUCACACUAUUGAUUUGUGGUUGAUUUCACUUUUUCUAUCAUUUUCUUUCUAAAUCAUGUAUGAUUUCUAUGAUCGAUUUUGUGAUGGUUGAAUUGACUUGGGCAGUGAGGUAAGCAAUGGUGGUGGGUUAUGGUAGGGUGAUUGUGUGAUCAAUGGUGGUUAUUUUGAUAGGGGAAGGUGGCCGGAGGUAGAUAAAUGACGGGGUGUCAGUGUGAUUUUAGAAGAAUAGAGGGGUGUCAAUGUAAUUUACCCUAAUAAAUAAUAUAAAAAAAACCCCGUUUGUAACAAUCGAACAAGAAAUCGGAUCUAUCUUCCCGAUCAGUGAGGCUUUGUUUCGAUCUUCGGUCCAUCAUUCCACUUUCUUUGCUCGCCGGGGCUUCCUUAAAGAUGGUUACUUGCACGGAAAAUUCCAUUGAAGAGGAGGAGCAUGCUUUUGUGCAGCUUCAGGAGGAGUUGAAGAAUGUAGGGAGUUCAAUAGAUACACUGAACACCAACCUAGAACAAUUGAAUCAAAGAAAGGCUAAUUGUUUGAAUAAGAUGCAACAUCUACAAGAGAGAAUCAGUAGGGAGGGUACUACUGAUGUGGUGCAGAGAUUGUCAUCACUCUCACAGUCACUGAAGGCUCUGGAGAUGCAAGAAUCUGAACACAAGUCCAAUUGCAAUGCAAAAUAUUCUAAAUUGCAAGCUGAGGUUAAUGAACUGGAGAAUAUAAUUUGUGGCAACGAUGACGCUAACCUCUCUCAUGGUAUCAAUCAUUCUUUGUACAAUAGUCUUGAGAGACUGAAUUCUGCAAAGAGGGAACUUGCUGUUAAGCUUAGGGAAAUUGUAUUGCUCAAACGGCAGCUUGAUGACGUGCCAUCGCAAGAAGAACUAAUUCAGUAUGAACACCGCUUUUCAGAACUUUAUGUUCAUAUUCAGGAAAAACUUCGGCAAACUCGUGAAUUGUAUGCCACCUUUAAUGCGAUGUUAGAGAUAAAAGACUUGAUGCUAAAGGAGACUUCUUUGUUAAACUCUAUAAGUUCACAGUUUCAAGAUGCUAUUACUAGCACUGCUGGUCGCACGAAACUUGUUGAUUCCAUGGAAGGAAUUUCGAAGGGAACUCAACAGAAGCUCGAAAAGGUGCGACUCACACUAGAAGCAGAACGGAAUGUCCGUGAUGCUGUCAAGCAAAGGUAUGCUGCAGCAAUUGUGGAACAAAGAUCAUGCUAUUCUCUCUUAAAGGCCUUCCAGGAGGAAUGCACGAAGAACGAGAGACUUCGGAGCCUAUCUUCAGAGAUACUUCCGUAAUGUGAAAAGGUGUCAAAAGGCAUCACUCACAUGGAAUUGCUGUCAUAUUUCUUGCUUUCAAAUCAAUGAAAGCUGCAAAAAGUUUGAAGCCAAGACCAUUGAAUGGUUGCAAAGUUCAACAGAUAAGUUGCAAAAUUUGAAUCGUUGUACAAAUGGGUAGCAGUAGAGUCCAUUGUUUUCUAAAAUUUUGUUCCUUUUUCAGUUUCUUGUCAGAUAUAAUUUUCAUUGUACACUUGACCCUCUCCGAGGGAUGCCUUUGCAUAUACUUUCUAGUAGGCUAGGUUGCUUGAACUCUUUUAAAUUUUUGAACUACCUGUGUCAGACGCUUCGACACUCACGUAUGUGAUUUUCGAAAGCUGUAUCUGAUUACCUGAAAAUCUCAGGCUACGUUUAGUUUAGUUUUGAAAUUAUGAUUUGUGUAGAGUUGUGAUUUAAGUGUGAAAUUAUGAAUUGGGUUUUGAAAA